AAUUUUUAGCAAAAAAACCGACAGACUGAUUUAUUCAACUUGUAGUCGUUGCAAAGUAAACUUGUAUUUUUUUCAAUAAGAUAAAGUUGUUAAUUUAAAAAACCAAUUCAAAAUGUUUGUGGCCAGACGCAGUUUGUAUCCCGGUGGAGUGCAAUUUGUCAGAAUGUGUAGCAACUUGGGUGAAUUGGGUAGUGGUGCUGGUAGAGGAGGUGGCGGUGGUGGUUCCAUUCGUUCAGCCGGUGGCGCCUUUGGCAAAAUGGAAGCAGCUCGUGAAGAAGAAUAUUUCUAUAAGAAGCAAAAAGAACAAUUGGAACGCUUGAAGAAUGAUCAAAUCCAUCAAGCUGAAUUCCAUCAUCAACAAAUCAAGGAACACGAAGAUGCCAUCAAACGUCAUAAGACUUUCUUGGAAAAUUUGUCCAAAAAGUAGACUACCUACAACUACUUUUCUCUACUAGCGUUUAAACACCUAAACAUAUUUUCUUCGUUAAUAUAAGCGAACGAACGAACAUCACUGUCAAAUGUUUCCUUAUGUGCUUAAAGGGACAAAAAGCCUUAAAUUAUAAACAAUUAUUUUGCUAAAUAAUAUAAAAUGCUUAGCUUUUUUCGCUAAACGAAACUAAAGCAGAAUUAAAUAAGUAUAACAAAUAUAUUUUUGUCUUGUUUCUAAAAAAAGAAAAAAAAAUGAAUUAUUUUUCUACAUUCUUGUGAGGAGCAAUACUCCAUAAAUUUUUAUUUUUUUAAUAAUAUAUUUAUGUAUGUAUUUAAUUUUGUUUUCCUUCUCUUUUGAUAAGAAUAAAUAAAUCUUUUUUGAUUGAAAAUAUAAA